AUGAAGGAUAUCGAAGUUCGAAAUUUUUUUCAAGAACUAAUUAGCCAUGUACGAGAAGUUGGCGACAUAAUGGAAGUGGUUCAGGUAACAAUUGAGGAAGGAGCGAAGAUCCACAACGAUUUUAACAAUGGUAUCCCUAUAGAAGAAGACGACACCAACUACAACAUUACUAAAGAAGUUCUCGAAGAUUCAAAAAUGGAGAACCUGUCCAUGCAAGAUAACACAUCGUUUAUGCCGGCGUCAAUUCAUAAGCGAUUUGGCAAAUAUAAACAACUGAUGAAGAACUUGACAGAGGAGUAA